AUGGGCCUCUCUUCUCUUGUUUCCGGGUACUUGUUUCUUGCCGUCUUUGCGGUCAGCCACAUCGAAGUUGGCUUCCAGUCACACGCCCGGCAAGCCCCGCCCGCGAGCGGGUAUCCAAGUUGCGAUGCUGUGAUUGCCGCCGGACUCUCCGACCAAGUCUUUUUCCCGUCGGACCAGGAGUACAACUCCAGCGUCACGUCCUAUUGGUCUGGAUCAGCUGCUUCUCUUCGCCCAUGGUGCAUUGUGAAGCCAGAGAGUGCUGAGGAGGUCUCCAAGGCAUUUUCAGCACUCGUCAAGACGAGCCCUGCGGGCAACUGGGACAUCGCGGUUCGCGGCGGAGGCCACUCCCACUUCCCCUCGAACAAUGUGGCCCAAGGUGUGACCAUUGACCUCAGUCGCAUGAACUCAACGGUCUACAAGAAUUGCAGUGUAAGCUCGGACUCUUCCAAUUCGCUGCUUUCUUGCGGCAAGAACUCAACCUCUGAGAAGGGAACUUUAUCCGUUGGACCCGGUGCCAGGUGGGCUGGCGUCUACGAGGAAGUCGAGAGGCAUGGCGACUUGACAGUCACAGGCGGCCGUGGUGGCAAUGUCGGCGUUUCUGGCCUGACCCUCGGAGGUGGUGCAUCUUACCACACCGGGUACCGCGGUUUUGCAUGUGACGACGUGAGGAACUACGAAGUGGUCCUCGCAGAUGGCACGAUCGUCAACGCCAACGCGGGCGAGAAUCCAGACUUGUAUAAGGCCCUGAAAGGUGGCAGCAACAACUUCGGCAUUGUCACUCGCUUCGACAUGCAGACGUUUGCUUCAGCCCCAGGAGGCCUUUACGGCGGCCUCAUUUUCAUGGACUAUGCCCAUCGCGAUACUGUCAUGAAGCAAUUCGUCAGGCUAAUUGACAUCAACGAGCAACAUCCAGAAGACACUGAGGUUGUCACCUUCACCUACUCAGGAGAGGGCCCCGCAAUGAUUGCUAUUGUUGCCAUCAACACCGCCGGCGUUUCUAACUCGACCUCCUUUGCGCCUCUGUCUACUCUACCAACCAUCCUUGACGACCGGAAGCGGAAGACUUACGGUACUGCCAUCACCGAUCACAUUGCGGUUGGUGGCCCACGGAGUGCCUGGUUCUCGAUCUGUUUCCAGAAUGACAUCGAGGUCAUGAACAAGAUGGCAGAGCUCUAUGACCAACUUCUCGUUGACCUCAAGGCCGUGAUUCCGUCUCUAGACCUUGGCGUUGCCUUCGUGAGCCAGCCCCUGCCGAAGUAUUUCGCGACCACGGGAAAUGGCAACAACGUCCUGGGCCUCGACACCUCAUUGACACACGAUUCGAUUAUUUGGCUUGGCCAAGUCAACACACGCACCGCUGAGCAGGAGUCAUUGGCCCAGUCGAAGCUGGCGGCUGUGACUGCCGAGCUCGAGGCUUUUGCCGAAGCCAUCGGCAAGUCGACCUCAUGGCGUUACCUGAACUAUGUCAAUCCCGCCCAAGAUCCCAUUAAAACGUAUGGAGAGGAGAAUGUCAGGUUUCUGAAGGAAGUCGCUGCGAAGUAUGACCCGUCAGGCGUUUUCCAAACAAGGGUUCCUGGAGGCUUCAAAAUCUCGAAGGUCUUUUCUGAGGGCAGCCGGCCCUUGGAUAACCAGUCUCAGGGCAACCAACCUCAGGGCAACCAACCUCAGGGCAACCAACCUCCUCAGAGCACCCAGCCUCCGGGAAAGAACCGGGAACGUAAUCAGCGCUAUCGUCGUAAUAAGAAGCUGCGGAUGCAGCAGGUGCAGCAGGCUCAAAGCAACGCGGACCAGAAUAGCCAACCUCAGAACAGCCAGCCGCAAAACAGCCGGCCGCAGAAGAGCAAGGCGCAGAAGACACAGACUCAGAACACCCCGCAUCAGAACACUCAGCCCCAGAAAGCUCAGCCUCAGAAGACUCAGCCUCAGAACAAGGCGCCCAAGGCCAACCAACGGCGCAAAAACCGUCCUCGCACCAAGUUUCUGCGACAAUAUCCGCCAUGGUAUGUGCGCGCGUUUCGCUGGGAACACGAGCGAUUGGGAACAUUUCAAGAACACGACCCCCUUACCGAGUGGUUCUUCGAUGAAGAUCUCUCGGACUGGGAGUGCGACUGCACCAAGGAUCCCCCAGACUGCAGAUGUAGGCAGCCACAAGUAAAACUACGUGGCAAUUUUGAAGAUAACGAAGAAUUAUCCGAGCUUGUGGAGACUCGCAAUAAACGCAAGCGGGAGCUGCGUAUUGAGAGAUUUGAGGAGGAAAAAGAAGAGACGGAAGCGCGGGAACGGACGCCGAAGGUCUUGGAGCGUGAGAUGGCCAAGGUUUCCCAAAUCCAGGCGGCCAUCAGGGAAAUCGAGAACUCCAAGGCACCGGAUACCAAGACACCCAUCAACAUCUAUCACCGCGCGUAUGACCUCUACUGCAUUGAGCUGUGUCAACUCACGCAGCGCAGUGAGAUUCUUUCCCCCCGAAUCUGGUUCAACGACGACUGGGAGAUUAGGGACGAGGAAAACGAGGUGGAGGAUCCCAGAACGGGCGUACUCCGAGACGACAAGCCCACGGAGCAUAUGGAAACGGACCUCUGUGCCUUCAUGACAUUCGAAGAACUAGACAAGAUCGAGUAUUGUUCUUCAAAACCUUUCCCCAACCCCAGAUACGCUGGCAGAUACAGCGUCGGCAGGUGGGGACUGAAAGAUGCUCCCAUGGAAAUCACCUUCCACAACCAGGACUACCUCGAAAUCAAAAUCCACUCCAAGGACUUUCUCAAGAAUCGCGGCUACCUGGAUCCGGACAACAAAAAAAGGCUCGUGGACUACUUCGAAAACAACACGCCCUAUCUCACCUUCUACGGCGCCUUGCGGACUCCAGAGAGAGUCAUGGAGCUGGAAAAAGAGCGCGAUCUUGUGGAAACCAAACAUGAGGCGAAAAUGCCGCGGUCGCCGGAUUCGCCGAAGGACACUUGGUUCGAGAGAAACCAUCCCAUGGGGGGCGUACUACGACUCUAG